UGGAAGUUUAUUUGAAAUUAAUUGAUUAAGUUCGAAACAUUGCAGUAUGUUCCGGAUACUGCAGCGGAAUCUGGACUACACGGAAUUUAACUACAAAAACUAAAAAAAAAAAAAAUAAAUUAUUGCCUACAUCAAAUGUUCCAUCUUCCAACGAAAAUAUUAUAAAUGUCCAAGAAGUUACACCUGCCAUGGACAAUCAUAGCUCUAUCUGUACUCCUGUUGCCACUACAACAACCAAAUGCCCGAGAAAAUAACUCAAGUGUUCAAGCUGCCGAAAUCAAUUCUCGCAUAGUUGGAGGUGAUGCCACCACCAUUGAUAAGGCAAAAUAUUUGGUUUAUUUGCGGAUAAAUGGCAAGUUCAUCUGCGGCGGCAGUUUGGUGUCUCCCAAAUUUGUCAUUACCGCCGCCCAUUGUAUAGACGGUGUUAAUCCCUCCAAAGUCACGGUGGUGGGUGGAGCUACCCGCCUCUCCGAACCGGGUGUAAGGCGCAGCGUUACCAAAAUUAUAAAACCUCAAAACUAUAACAAACCCAAACCCUAUCACAUGGAUGUAGCUGUAUUGAAACUGGCAUCGGACAUGAAGGGUGACAAUAUUGAAACGAUACCAUUGUGUGAAGCAAACUGGAAGUUUGGAGAUUAUAUUGAUGUCUAUGGAUGGGGUCAGUUGGCGGAAAAUAACAAGGCACAAGUUCAACAAAUGCGUAAAGUUCGUGUGCCCCUUGUGUUGCGCAGUAAAUGCGUGGAGGCGUAUCGUCAACGUGAAACCAUAACGGAUUCAAUGUUUUGUGCUGGCGACUUGGCCAAGGGCAAGGAUUCGUGCUAUGGGGAUUCGGGCGGACCGGCCAUAUUUCAAAAUCAAUUGUGCGGAAUUGUUUCGUGGGGUUUACGUUGUGCCAGUACUAAGUAUCCCGGUGUCUACACGAGCAUCAAGUCCGUGCGUAAUUUUAUCGAUAGAGCUAUGAAACUUUAAAUGUGUCCUCAAUUUAGAAUUAAGAAAAAUUAAUUUUAAUAAAUAUUUUAGAAAUGGCAAACAAUAAAAAUCGUAAUACAAUAAAAAUAACAACAAUAUUUCGAGUUUGGGAUCGCCCGAAAAAAUACUGAC